AUGGCGGAGAAACACGCGCUUGCUAGUGAUGCCGAAAGUGCGUACGAAAAUGGCAGUUUUAAACGACAGAGAGUUGAAUAUGAAGGAGUUAGAGGACACGAACAGAGCUAUUCUCAAGGAGGAAGCACGGGAACUUCCUUUAUACAGCCGCCUUCUCCCGUGAUUCAUGUUCGUGGUGUAGCCGAUGAAGCCCGUGAGCAAGAUCUUUUACACGCGCUGGAUGAGUUCGGGCCAAUCAGGUAAAGUGGCUUCUUUUUUAGACAGUUUUGCAAAUUUAAAUGACAGGUAGUUGAUGAAUAUUUUUUGCAUCCUAGCGUAGGCUGUUCGUCCUGGCUUAUAAGCUGUUUUGUUAUUCGUGUAUGUUGCUUCAUCAUUGAACACCUUUGAAGACUUCCACAAAAAUACAUACACAUGUGUAACCGCUUCGGCGCUUCGGCGCUUCGGCGCUUCGGCUUAACUGCAGUAACUGCAGAAUACCCUGCCACUUCGAAGCUGUAUCCCUGAAAGAGCUGGAUACGUGGAUACGCAGUUAUCCCUUUUAUGCGCUUUUCUACCUUCAGUGGCUUUAAGAAAUAGACAUACUGUAUGCAGUUUAUGCUGUCUUUAGUGCAUAUAUUGAAGUGGAUACGCGGUUACGUUGUGACUAUUAUUUUAAAGAUGUUUACUAAGUGGAUAUGCAGAUACGUAGUGGCUGGUGACUGAGUAUCCACAUAUCCACCUAUUUUUAGGGGUUGCUUUAAAGUUUCAGGGUAUUCUGCAGGGUAUUCAUGCAUCAUGUAAAGUGGGCAAUUGCAUUUAAUACCCACACCAUCCCACCGUCCAACUCCCCCCCCCCCCGGUUGAGGACCAAUGGAAUUUUGAGGAGUAAGCUAAAAAAAUGGGGAUUUCUUUAGGGAUAGAGUAGAAAAACAUGGAAUUCUUUGGGGAUGAAGCUUUAAUUUUUGACAAAAUUUUCAGGGGUGAACAAGGAAAGUUACCUUUUCAGAAAAUUCUUCAGAGGUAAACCUUGGAUGUCUUCAAUGGUGAAUGCAAUUUUAUUGAAUUCUUCAGUGGCAAGAAGUCCUCAUCCAGGGCUGGGAGGGGGGUGGGGGAGUAUCAACAUGCAACAGCCCAAUAUCAAAUAGAGUUUCACCAAGCUUGCAGUUGUUCAAGUUAUUUGACUACUUUAUUUUGUUUUAGUUGUAUAACGAUGAUGCCUAAGUUGCGACAAGCUUUGGUAGAAUUUCAAGUAAGUUCAAGAUUACAUGCAGGAGGUGAUUUUUAUUUAUACUACAUGGCACAAAAAGUACUGUCUGAUAGACUGGGGGCCAACUGUAAAGCAUAUAUAUAAAAGUUAGAAAUUAAUAACAGUAUCUGUUAUUAGAAUAAAUAGCCUUACUUGACUGAGGAUGUGGUACGACUUGCUCAAUCGGUAGAGCGCUUGACCGCGGACUACAGGGUUGUCAAAAGUAGCCGGCUGCCACCGAAAAUCGCCGCCUACUUGGUUAGUAAUUGCCGGCUACUCUACUUGGCAUUUCUUUACGGAUGGCGUUUUUAAAAUAAAAUAUCCUUGGUCUAGCCGGUUACUUUGACAACUCAGCCAUCUACUUUAAAACUUUCUGACAACCCUGGGAGUAGGAGGUCACAAGGUGGAUCCCUGGGACAGGAUCAAUACUGAGGGCGAGGUUUUAGCCAGGAGGGUGUCCAGCCGUCCUAUGGAUGCCUAUUUGAGGAAGAAAUACAAGGAAAAUUCACUUAAUCUCUUAUAAUUUUAUGGGAAACAUGCCUUCUGGAUGGCCAGUUUUCAAGGUCUGGGUGAAAGCCUGACCGAGGGUCUUAAAAUAACUGGUAAGCAAAGGUACAGUGCACUGCCUUUGUUUUCUAAAUGGCUUGGCCCUCGCAUGGCUCAGAUGUCCUUGUAAAUGGUGGUGGUCCCAUUUGCAGUAGUAAACAUUCAGAUAGUGUCGUCAUUAUUAGUACUUUUGUGCUAAAUGCAUUGACACUCAAAUUAAUAAGUUGAAUGCCAGAUGUUAGUUGUUAUUACUUUCUGUGUUUCAGAACAUUGCUUCUGCAAAAGCUGUUAUGGAUUAUACCGAGGUAAGUCUUGAUAUGACCACUUACUUAACGUCUAAACAACAAAAUCAUGUGUUUUAAUGGAUAAGGACCUGUGAUUAUCGUUUUGAAUUUUUUGUGCCGAGAAGACCUUUAGAAGCAAUGCAACAAAAUACUUAUAAGUACAUCACACCUAAUUGUAAGGCAGUAGUGAUCAAAGUCUUCAAACUAGCUAUCACAUUGAAAAACAUGUAGCCUUUCAUGUUAUUUUUUUGUUCAUUGCUGACAGUUUUUAUUUUAUUUAGGGUGGAGAUGCAGAAAAGAUUGUUUUGUGUGGAAGACCUUGCUAUUUCAACUACUCAAAGAGCAAGUCUAUAUCAAAGUAUGUUAUAAUUUUUCCAUCUAAUGUUUGUACUAAGAAACCAUCUGCAACUGAAUUAUUUAAAUUAUUUGUUCUUCACAGAAACCUCAACGUACAGGUAGAAAAUCCUCCAGCUAGAAUUUUGCUUAUCUGCAUCAUCAACCCACAAUAUCCUGUUACCACUGUAAGUGGCAUAUAUGUUAUAUAAUUUUUACCCCUAGUCUUUGAUAUUUUCUUUGUUUCAAAUGGUGGAUAAAGUUGGUCAAUGAGAGUCCAUGCUCAAACUUUACAUCUGUUGAGUACAGGAACGUUACUGCAAUUUAAAAUAUUUUUUAUUAUUGACAUGCUUAACAUCUAACAAUAUAAGUACAACAUGUAGGUGGGAUAUGAUUCUCUUUGCUUUGACUCUGAUGAUGACUUCCGCAUAGGUUUUCGAAAUGUCAGUCACAAAGACAAUCAUAUUCCACUCACUUAUGAUGUGACUUCUGGUUUCAAACAGGUUUAUUUACUGUAUUGCAUAACUUUGUUUGUUUGUAAAGCUUGAUAGAGUUGUAAUCAAUAUGUCAUUUCCCAGUAGAGUGCACAUACCUGUAAAAAGCCACUUCAUUUUAUAAAAUAUUGUUCACUUUACACUGUAUAUCGGCAUUUCUAAGUGCCAGUAUAUUUUAAUAGUGAGUAUUUAUAGAUCUGCACCUGCAGUGCAUGGUUUUAGUUUACUGAAUCUGCAUAUAUUCACUUCAGGAUAUUCUUCACACCAUCUUCAGUAAACAAGGUCAUGUCUUAAGAAUUGUCAUCUUUAGAAAAAGUGGGCUUCAAGCCAUGGUGGAGUAUCCUUUUCCAGAGUAAAAUAAAGUAAAUAUUUUUCUUUCUGAUGCAGUGUAUCUUUAAGUUUGUACAGCUGUAUACAUGUUUUUGCUAUGUUCCUAGUGAACUAUUAUAUUGCAGUAAAAAGUACUUUUAGAGGAGGCAACCCUAUAACCUUGGGACCACCAUGUACAUUGUGUAAAAUGAGAACUGGUCACUACGUAGCUAUUAGAAUUUCAGGCUACCAGGAUUUAUUUUACACCCAUUCAGGACAGACUAGUAAAUUAGCAAAUGAACAGCAAUGGUAGAUGGUGUAGUGUCAAGUGAAGCUGAGGUGUUGCCUUCAUAAGAAUCCAGUUCUGUAGUAGUUAGUGGUAUUCUUUUGGGCGUGGCAGAUAAUUUAAGCUGUUUAUAAUACAUGCAUAUUGACAUACAUGUACACAUAUUAUUUAACAUUCCUUGACAAAAGUUUUGAACAGAUUUGCCUCAGUAGAGCAAGCAACCCAAGCAAAAGAAACCUUGAAUGGAGCAGACAUUUACACAGGCUGCAACACACUAAAGAUUGAAUUUUCCAGGGUAUUUGCAAUAAAUUUAUUUUUACUUAUAUUAACUGGCAGUAAUGAUGAUUUGCACUGGGUUAUGAGUCAUUUAAUGAUUCCCUUGCAUCACUGAACUGCUUUCAUUACAUCGAUACUUGGAGGAUAGUCUAAGUUUACACUUGCUGUAUUUCCUCGAAUAAUAGCCGGGGGUGAUUAUUAUUUUUUUCACACAAAGAGUGGGUGAUUAUUUCAAAUAUUGCCUCUGGAAAUUGUGCCCUAAAUAUUUUUGGUCAUAUUAUCCCACUACAUGUAAAUCAAAAAAUGAUCGCAUCAAUUAAACUGAACAUGGACUUUUGAAGUGUUCCAAAUUUGUUUCCUUGAUUAAUUUUCCAUGUCAAUAUCCUCCGCACCAUCAGAAUUUGAAUUGUCACUGAUCAGUUUUGCUGGUGCAGACUCCACUUCAACUUGACCUGGAAGUUAUAAAAGAAACAGAAGAUGGUGAGGGGCAAUUAUUUGAGGGAGGCUAUUAUUUUAAAUAUUUCCGUGGGUGGGGGAAGGGGGGUGUGGCGAUUAUUCCAGGGAGGCAGUUAAUCGAGGGAAGGCUAUUAUUUGAGGAAAUACUUUACAUGUAUUUUUACCUGAUGGACAUCUUUGUUCAGGAAGAAGGACCAACUACAGUGUGGGUCACUUAUUUUACCGUGAAAGAUGUGUCUCCUGAGUUCAAAUGUUUUAAAAAUUAGGGACCACAAUGUGGGAAGUGCUACCAACAGCACUUUUUCAACAAUAGCAUUUAUUUGAAAUUGUUGCUAUUAAUUUUCUUGACAUCUUUUGCAGCAGGUAGAGUCACUCAAUGUACACAGGAAUGAUGAAUACACUUUUGACUACACCAAGGACUUUCCACAAGGUAACUGCUACUAACAAUGGCCAAAUCACCUACUGCCUGUACCAUUUUCAUUUUGCUUCAUGGAGACGUUUUUCAGUCAAGUGUUGCUACUCAUUGUGUUUGGCUAAAUAAUACUGCUUCACUUUCUCAAGUACAGUGUACUGUAAAGCCUUUGGUGUCUAUAUGAUCCAUGAUAGCUACCUUUGCAAUAGCUGAAAACCAUCCAACAGACGGAAACAUUGUGUGGAAACCAGCCUAUCUCAGCAGUCUCUCCAUAUUGAUCUGAACAGUUGUUUAAUAUCCAUUUAAUGUCUGUUGCAGAUUUUUCUUUUUCAGUGAUCCUUAUGAUUACAGCUUGAUCCUGCAGAAACCUGCCUAAAUCAUGUUAAAGCCAAUAUGAUUUGCCCAUACAUGUCUUACUUCAGCUCAUGUUUUUGCCGUAAAUUGUGAUUUUCAUAGUGAUUAUUAGAAUCCAAUCAUUGGAUUGUUUGCUUUUAGUGUUUAUUGAACACUUGACUGAAAACGUCUCUAAAUUAGCUCAGAUGAGAAGAAAUUGACUCCAUAAAUUAAAAGAGCAUUCCUUAAGGAUGACAAAAAAAAACGUCUGGAAGUUUUUGAACUUUACAAGAAAUGUGUUGCAGGUUGCUAACUUCUGGUUUUUUUCUGCUUAAAUAUUGAUCCAGAACAAUAUUUGCGAGCUGUUUGAAUUUAUGGAGCAAUUUAUUUUGCUGGUACAUGUUGUUUUGUUAAUUUGCUGCCAUGAUUGUACAUAUUCUAACAGCAGAGUCAAACAAAAGAUAACAUAACAUAGUUCCCUCAAACAUAACCAUGUCAAACCACUGGACCAUACAUGGUUCACCAUAUAUGUCGCUUUAAUAUUUGACUUGAUCCACCAUUGAUUGUUAUGAUAUCAUGCACAAGCGUGAGCAAACACUUGGGCACUAGACAGUAUCACAGGAAAUGGAAGUCUUUAUAUUGCCGUAAUAGUCAUGCAAACCUGUACAAUUACAUAAACAUGUAUACAAACGAAAGUAUUGUUAAAGAUUGCCACACUAAGUUACUAGUCCAUCCAUAGUGCUUGGUUCUCAUAGUGAAGAUCGAGUCACCUUUUAUUUAAAGCAAAGUAUUUUUCCCACUGAUAGUUAUGUAUGUGCUAUCCAAUACUAAGAAAUCACACGAUUCCAUACAGAAAACUUACGCUUAUUGUUAAACCAUCUUGUACAAACCAAACAAACAGCUCUGUUGAGUUAUGUGUAACAUAAGUUAUUAUUGGAAACAAGCAGUCAGAUUCACGUUACCACCUUGUGCAUGCCGCAUAAUGAAAAAAUUUGUCUGCCACAACAAGAAAGUUGCACCUAACAUUUUUCUCAGUUUUAAUGAUUGCACUAUUUGGCUGCAACUAGAUACAAGUUAGACUUGGAAGGGAGAACUAUAUGUUUACUUACUCUUUGGUAAAUAAGUAAAAGCACUGGCAUCAAAAUGUUCUGAUCAUCAUGCAGCACUUAAUGUGUUGUGCAGAAAAUUAAACAAGUGAUGCAUUGCUGUUUUUUUUCUGAUUCCAUGCUGAUUUUUAUAAACAAGACUGCUUAAGCUCAAAACAACACUGUCAAACAUAUGGUACAUGCAAGAGAAACGAUUUUCACUUUUGUACAUCAUUCCAAGAGCAAACAAUCUAUUUUCAUUGAAUACUUUAUUUCAGACUUUUUAAUCGUCACAGUCAUGUAUACCACCAUCAUGUAUCAUGUUGAUUACAGACUGUAUGCUUUUUUACCCUUUUGUACAAUAUACCUUGUUUGUGUCUUUAAAAUUAUUAUGUUAUGAAUGUGAUAAAUACUAACUGUUUUGAUCUCCAAGCCUACAACAAGCCCCACUGCGCUUUAAAUCAAUCAAUCUUUCCAUACAUACCAGUCUUAAUUCUAGUUUGAUGUGACAUAGAAGGCUGAUGUAAAGCCAGAGGGGUUUAAGUAAGUCAAGGUAUUUUUGGGUAUUUUUUCGCCUUUAAUAUCACUGGAUGAUAGACUCCACUGGAACAUUCCAAAUCUUGGCUGAAAUAUAGCGUUUAUGUUUAAGCUUUAGACAGCGGUCUCUGUGCUGUUUCAUAAAAAAGCGUGCAUGAUUCCUAACAUGCCUUGAAAUUUAUAAUGAAAUUUACUACUAGUCAAGAGUUAGAUAAUGCUUGAAAUAGACCUCUUUAGCUGGCAUGUUUUGUUUACCCAAUUUAGGUCAUGUCAUAUUACUCUAGAAAACCGUUUCUUUCAAAUUUUAAGAACAUCAUAUGGCCUGUAUUGGGAAAACAAAGCUUCAAGUUUAAGUCAAUAAUUAUGAUGUCUACUUCUGUUAUGUUUUUUCUUUUGGCUAAAAACCUGGACUUUGUCAGUGGAAUGUUAUUAAAAUGAGCCCAGCAAAGUAUAAUGAAUGCAACUUGACAUAUACUAGAUAAAGUGUUGUUUUAUGAUGUUAUCUGGCAUGUGACUAUGCCCAAAAGCUACAAGUGUUUUAUGCGGCCAGUUUCUUUAGUCCUUUGUUUGGUUGUUAUAUGUCAACAUAAAAGUCCCUUUCUCAAACUAGAGUGAGAAAACAGCCAACAUUUAGAGACGCCACCUUGUUUUCCUGUGAAAUAACAUCAGAGAAAAAAAUGCAGAAAUUUCAUACUAAUGAUGCAACAAUACUCAGAUCUGGGUAGUGCUGCUGAUUGGUAAAGUCCCGAGGGAAAUUGGCUUCAACCAAUCAGAAACACUAGCCAGAUCUGGGAAGUGACAUGUCAUUAGUAUGAAACUUCUGUAGUCAUUCCUCAGACAACAUUUCAUGGGGAAACCAGUGUUGGCAUAUGUUGGCUGUUUUUUUUUUUAAGGUUUAUCUUAGCCUGCCAGCAAGUUCUUCAUUUGCUUGAGUCGUGAGAAGUCAUGUGGGAGCAGCACACAAAAGGAAAUGUGAGCGAAUCACUGACAAAUUCUCUCACUCCUCGCUUCGCUCAUAAAUGGGGAGCUUGCUAGUAGGCUAGGUUCAUCUCGAACAUGCUGUCAGUUGUAACAAUAGUAUCUAGUCAACUCUAAUAUUGUUUUGUUUUCUUGUAGGAAACAUUGGGGUAAGGCCGCCAGUGAAGGAGGGUCUUCUAAGCCGUCCACCCAGGCCACCCUUUCCACCAGGUCGAGGGGGCAUGAUGAUGCAUGGACCAAGGCCCUUCCCCUCCCCUCCCCCACCCAUGGCUGGUGGCUGUGUCCUCAUGGUAUACGGACUGCAUGAUCACAAAAUGAACUGCGACAAACUUUUCAACAUUCUUUGUUGCUAUGGGAAUGUUCUUAAGGUGAGAAUGACCUGAAAUCUGGAAUUUUUAUUGCAUAAGUUUUAGAGUUAACUUUUCAGAUUUCUACAAUUGUGGUUAAAUGACAGUUUACAGGUUUUCUUACUUGCAUUCCCUUGCUAACUCUUCCUAUGAAUUAAAGAGAUUUUGUCCCCCUCUCCCUCAUUCAAGUUGUCAUUAUUUGCAAGUGGAUGCAAACUUGGGGUAGGUGGGGCUUUGAUAUUGCACAUGACCCUGUUCCUGAAAGACCGAUAAGCGCUAAUCCAGGAUUAAAACUUUGUUCCACUUUGUGUAUUUACCUUCCUAUGCAUUGCAUAGAGCAACAUUUUGUGUUAUCAUUUCUUUUUUUUUUUUCGAAGUAAACGCACAACAGUAUUAUGGAAGUUCAAUUAUGUGUUCUUAGACAAGAAAACCUUGCUUAAAAUUUUGCUUAAUCCUGGGUUAAACUUAACCAUCUUUCAUGGAAGUGGGCCCAGAUUAAGAGACACCUUUUCUGGCCAAAAUAGGUUGGAGAAACUCAGGCCUUUUGGAACUGCUUGCACAUGAAGUUUUGUUUAAGAAUUAUCAACGUAACCCCUACCAACUCAUUACUUUCAAUGUUUCUGUUCUAAAUUGUAGCUUUUGUGAACUGUAAUUUGAUGUUAGCCCACGUUUUUCCUUGUAAUGUCACCACUUAAUGUUGUGAGCGACUGAGGUGAGACAGUGUCUUGAGAUCUUAAUAAGUGCCAGUCCAGGUAAAAAAUUUAAUAGUGAGUUAACUUAUAAGUGUUGGUCUUUCAGAUAAAGUUCCUUCUGAACAAGCCUGGUGCUGCCAUGGUAGAAAUGGAUGAUCAUGUGGCUUGUAACACAGUUAUUCAGUGCCUUGGAAAACAGACUCUAUUUGGCAAACAACUUGAAUUCAGGUACAGUGUUACAGUAAUUAGCAGACUAGUUAUAUUGACAUAAUAGGGUAUGGUAAGCCUGUGGUAUACAGUGCCUUAACUAAGGAUUCUAGUGUUUGAUUUAAGGCGGUGACCUCUUGACAGUGGAAACAUUCUAUAUUGACACACACCAAAAAAAAUACCAAACCUGUGAUAAAUACCCAAAUUGUUUUGUGUGUGUGAUGCACACAAAAUGACAGGCCUUCAAGAAUAUGCUGACUGCUUUUUAUACAGCACUGACCUCGAAAUGGAGAGUAGAGCACUCACUGUUUAUUCAACCUCGGUGGGCAUGCCAAUUGCAACUGCUGUUGUUGUUGUUCUUUUGUUUUUGGUUUUAUUCAUUAUAAACUUUCUUAAAAGCCUCUGUUUCUUGCUUUGCUGUCAGCUUUGUGCUUCGCUCAAGAGGUUUUCUUUGUGCCCUUUGCUAUACUUGUGGUUGAGUCUUCGUUUGAACAUAAAGAAAAUGCGCUGAGGCACAGAUGCAGUUGCAUUUGUAUGGUGCAAGAAAAGAAAGUUGUCGUCUUUCAAGUUAGUAAUACUGGAAUCAACUACUCAACUACCGUUACUUUGCAUGUUUGCAGUUUUUCCAAACAGAAGUACCUCGUAGACCCCUCAUCAGUCUCAAAUUUGCCCGAUGGGACACCGUGCUACAAAUCGUUCAUGGAAUCAAGGAAUCACCGAUUCUGGACGCCACAGCAGAGCAGCAAAAAUCGUAUCCUUAGGCUCGCGUUUUCUUAAAUCUGGUGAACAACUUUGUGAUUGGUUUUGGAAGCAGUAGCUGCAAUUCCGAGAGUCAAGACAAAAACCUUUAGCAAACAUACGUUUCUGGGAAACUGCCCACCUACCACUCUCUUAAGCCAACAUUAACACUUACUUGUCACUUGGGGCAAAAUGUUGGCUUAGGGAAGGGGUAGGUGGGAAGUAUUCCCAGAAACGUAUAAUGAUCAAACAUUCCCUACUCCACUAUGUUUUUUUUCCGUCUCCUUUCUUUUUGCUCUUUUUUAAGGUGGGCUAGGGGGACUUGGGUGGUGGGGCUCGGAGGGAUGUUUUUUUUUUCAUACCCCUUCCACGUUUUCAACGCCAACAGAUUAUAGGCUAACCUAUCCACUUGAUUACAGCAUGUUUUAAACCUUAAAAUUUUGGCAGGAAUUUUUUGUCCCACAAAGGUUUUGCACUUUUUCAACGCACCAACUGACUUCUCGUCGGAAAAGGUCAAUGAGGUAUGGCUUCUCAUCAAAAUAUACGUAGGGUUAACAUUGGCAUCUGUUUUGAUGAACAGUGAAAUUGCCAUUGAUUAGUAUUAGCGCAAGCAUUAGCAGUAAUGCCAACUCACACUUGAGCGCUAACAUUAGCAACGUGGAAAAGGUGGAAUUUUUUGCUUACCACUUCAGAUGUGCUAUGAUCUCCUUAAAAUUCUGCGUAUCAGAGCUCAAAUAAUGAUUUGUAUUUUUACUCAAGAAAAUGCUGGCAUACACGUAGCAGUUUUAUACUUUGUUUAUCCCCCUUUGAAAUUAUUUCCAAUGUGUAACUUUCUGUUUUAUUCGAACUGAGUAGAUCAGUAUCUGGGAAACUGCCCACCUGUCUCCCCACUAAGCCAACAUUUUGCCCUAUAAGCGAGAAGCAAGUGGCGGGAGGGGGGAGGGGGGAGCGGCGUAUGAUACAAUUUUGUUUCGCCCUUUUUCUCUAGAACUGUCAGAACGCAGAGCAAUAAUUUUUGAGUGAUUUAUUUCAUUUUCGUCCACAAAAACUAACUUUUCCGCCUGGUUGAGUUGCUUGUUAUUGGCAAGUACCGUAGUAUAAACAGUGUUUUUGAGAUUGAUAACCACGACUGUUUCAACUCAGACGUAUUAUUGUUGUUCUUAGAUGUGCUUUAAUUGUAGCGUUGAUCCCCCAGUCAGAGUAAAAGUGUUCCCUAACGGUGAGUUCUGUUGUUUUUAUACCUUUUCUUUCAGCAUUUUCAUGAACGCGCUCGGGGCUAUACUGCCAAUUCUAACAUCUCUGUCAUGUUUUUGUUUCAGCCUCUCGGUCAGCUUCAGGUCAUCUGGAGUGGGCUGAUCCUUCCCAGGCCCUUAACGCCCUCGCGGCCUGUAAUCAUUACGUCAUCCGUGAUGCAGGUAUCACUGCUGUUUUAUGUUGCCACGCGGUUCAGGCGCACGCACAUACGCACCUGCGGUUUCACGUACGCUUCUCGAUCUCUUUAUCGAAGCAUAUCGUUUAAAGAAAUGAAAGAAUUAUUUCCCACCUGGACUGUGGUAACUGGCCGCUAAGUGAAGGGCAGUCACUUGUUAACUGAUCUAUUCACAGCGAUAAGGAGUUAAUGGAUGACAUUAAAAGGGAGCACCGCUUGUAGGCUUGGCAAAAUCUAAAUAUUUCAUAACUGUUGUGAAAGGGUUUUGAUGCUACGGUUAGGUCUUCAGUUUAUUGCCAGAAGCGGGCGUAUAAAAACAAAAUCCGCGUGGAAUUUAUUGACUGCCAUGCCAGCACCUGUGGGCUCCUAAAUAAUAGUUAUUUGCCGCUUUCAUGCUUUCAUAGUUAAUUACCUCAGCAAAUAUCGACGUUCUAGUCCUAGCAGUAUACAAGAUGUUUGUCACAUGAACUUAGUUUUGUGGCUUUAGUUCCCACGAGUCUAUUGUAGCUCAGUGGUGCAGCAUGUUGACCAGAAACCAGAAGGUCAUAAGGUCGACUCGUGCUGGGGAGUAUUCGGAUUAUUUUUCCGAGCGUCCUGUGUCACUGACUAUACAAACAUCCCUUCUAAUACGAGGGUCCUCAGGUUUAACGGGAUCCGGGAUUUCUCUUGUUUGAAGCUCGGGAAUCGGGAUUUUAAAGCAAAAUCCGGUAAGACUGGGGAUUGAAAGUUUGCGUGCGAGUUAGAAUGCCGAAGUAUCUCUCGGGAUUACGGGGUUGCACGAAAUUGUUGGUCGGGAUCACGGGAUUGAAGAAUCCUUUGAUACCUUGUCAUUGUCAUUUUCUCUUCUUUAGGUGCCAAAACUAUCUUCACCGUCAAACUAGCUUUCUCAUCGAUGUCCAGCGCUCAGUAGCAGAGUCCUUCCUACA